AUGGAAGAGUUCUCCGGCCGCCGGCAAACACCAACGAACCUCGUUGGCUUCCCCGAACACUUGACACCCUUCCCUGAACCGGCUGAUAUGCUUUACGAUGAUCGCAUGGCGGAGAUUUGUCCACCGGAGAUCGACCACCACCGCUCCCAACUGCCGCCUCAGAAGCUCCGCCCUAUCAGAUGCAACGGCCGGACAUUUCCGGAGUACUCGGAUCCGGUGAUGUCUGAAAGGAGAGGGGCUGGGGAAGCCUCGCUGAGCUGUCACGGAAAGUUAGGGUUUCUGGCUCAGCUCUCACCGGAAAAGUUGCUUUUGGUCAAUGGAGUACGUGAAAAGUGUUCCAACACUUUGCCGGACCUUGGAAGUGGCAACGUUGUCGCUGGAAACGGUUUGCCGCGAAUGGAUGUUCCGGCAGUGAGUCCAACGGGGACGGAGAUGAAAGCAGAAUUCGUGGAUUUUAUCUCCGAAAGCCAUCUUUUGGAAGCCGAAUUGAGCUCAUCUUCAGAUGAUGAUGGUGAUUCAUCAAAAGCCAUGAUGGAACCUGUAAAUCGUAAGAGAAAGAGAAAAGCAGGGAAAAUGCUUAAGUUCUUUCUGAAAAACAUGAUGAGGAAGGUGAUCCAGAAGCAGGAGCAUAUGCAUAACCAGCUGAUGAAGAUGAUAGAGAAAAAGGAAGAUGAACGAAUAGUGAGAGAAGAGGCUUGGAAGCAACAAGAGAUUGAAAGGGCCAAAAAGGAUGAGGAAAUAAGAAUGGAAGAGAGAUCUCGUAGCCUAGCUAUAAUUUCCUUUAUUGAGGAUUUUCUGGGCCAUGAAAUCCAAAUCCCUAGAUCAUUGAAAACUUCAUGCCUAGACAAAGCUGAAGCUGAAAUACAAAAUGUGAAGGAUCUCAGAUGUGAUUCCAGUAAUAAGAGAUGGCCAAAAUCUGAAGUACAAGCUCUCAUUACAAUUCGGACUGCUUUGGAACAUAAGUUAAUGAAGGGUGCCAAAGGUUCUGUAUGGGAAGAGGUAGCUGUUGAAUUGUCUAACAUGGGCUAUAGCCGGAGUGCAAAGAAGUGUAAAGAGAAAUGGGAUAACAUCAACAAGUACUAUAAAAGAGUAGUGAUGGAGAAUGGAAAGCAGCAUCGUGAUAAUGGUAGAACUUGUCCAUAUUUUCAGGAAUUGGACAUCCUAUAUAAAAGUGGACUAAUUAAUGCAGGAUAAUGUUCUCAUGUUAUAAAGAAUGAGAUUGAGGACAAGAGUACGAAGAAGUAAAUAUUUUUGAACUUCAGAAUCUGGCUUCAACUAUAUAGGUUGGCGACCUUGAUGAAUUUGUUGGAAUUAUGUUAGGUAACUCACUUCCGCCCUUCACCCUGAUGUCUGUUUCAUACUCCUGUAGUCCUGGACAACCUUUAUUGAUUUUCUGGUCUUAACCUGUAGCUUUACAUCUAAUUUGAUGUGGAUGAAGCAGACACAAAAAAAAGAAAGGAAAAGAAAAGAAGGAAAAGCAGGUUCGUAAAGUGGAUUGGUGUUGUAGACUUGAUGCUUCUAUGUAUUUGGCUGUUCUACUUUUAA